AGUGUCCUCGACUGCGAAAACCCAACUACGGCAUGAUUACUCCAGCUGACUGCUCAGAGACUAAGAAAUUGUACAUGGCUCAGUGCGCAUUCGCGUGCAAUCCUGGAUUCCAGCUUCAAGGACCAUCUAUAAGAGAAUGUGGGGAAAAAGGAUCCUGGGACGGUGGGUCCUAUUUGACAAGAUGUGUAGAUAUCCGUCCUCCUAGUUUGGAGUGUCCGGAGAAUAUUACUCUUCCUGCAGAUAAGAACUCCUACCAUGUCAGAGUUAUGUGGAGAACUCCCCAACCUAAAGAUAAUUCUGGGUUCCAACCUCUUCUAGCUAGUGUUCCAUCUGUUAGAUCUCCUUCUAGGUUUAAAAUAGGAAAAAAUAUAAUUAAGUAUAUUGCUGAGGAUUUGUCAGGAAACAAGAACUCAUGUGUUUUCCAAAUCCAUGUUCAAGAUGUCGAACCUCCAGUAGUUGAUUACUGUGAAUCACCUCCUGAGUUUAUAACUGAUACAGAAGAUGUUGAGAUUGACUGGGACGAACCUAUCUUUCAUGAUAACUCCAGGGAACCUCUUGUAAUCAACAAAAGCCAUGAGUUUGGCAGGUUCAGGUUUGGCUCCAGCCUUGUAAAAUAUACUGCCACGGAUUCAAGUGGAAAUAUUGCUGAGUGCGAGAUUACAAUCAAACUACAAAAGAAUUCCUGCUCCGAGCCGAAAGAUCCAAUAAAUGGACACAAGAACUGUUCCCAGAACGAGCAUGCAGUACAGUGUACACUAGCGUGUGAUGAAGGAUUUGCUUUUGCGUUUAAACCAACUCAAGAUUACUUUUGCGAGGUUACUGGUCCAGGAACCUGGUACCCAGAGAACUCCGUCCUACCCUACCCAGACUGUUCUGUAACAUCUCUCUCAUCCGUUCUGAGUAUUCCUACUGAUCUUAGGGUUAGUAUUGUUUCCAACUCCCCUCAGAGAAAACACAUUUGCGACGAUUCCUUCUUUCUUAAACAGGUGGCUGAGCAUGUACGUAAGAAGGUUCUAGAUCAGCUGGAUCUGGUGUGUGGAAACUCAAUGUACUGUGAUAUUCAGGACCUAGAGGCUAUUUGUGCAGAUAUCAUAGAAAACCAACAUAUUCUUUCAAACCAAAUAUACAGGAAGAGGAGAAGCGUGUUCACACCGUACAUGUACGGAGACUACAACGAACUUGAGGACGGCGGAACUGCUACUGAGGAUGUAGCUGAGGAGGAUGGGAAGGUUGGAGAGGUCGGAUCUGACGCAUAUUCUGUAUCUGUUUCAAGCCCAGGGGUUGAUCAGAGACAAGUUAUUGAGAUCAUAUUCAAGUUAAUAGGAAAAUUGAAGUCAAGUGUUGAGAGGAUUGAGGAGCAAAUAAACCUGAUGAAGGGUGUGAACAGUGUUCAAGUUGGGAUAGAAGAUGCGGCCAGCUCCGGGAACUUAGAUAUAAUGAUUGGACAGGAGUUGAUAAUAACAGAAGAAAUUGAUUUCUCUGAGCCAAACUUUCUGUGUGAAAUUGGUUCUAUUGUUGAUGGCAACUCCUGUGUAAACUGCCCUGUUGGGACAUUUUUCAAUAUUGUCACAAGAACCUGUUCUCCGUGUACUUCAGGAAGCUACCAAGACCAAGAAGCUCAGGUGACCUGCCUGGUGUGCCCUGGUGGAACGUAUACCCGGAUACAGGUUGGAGCAACCAACCCACAAGCAUGCAAAGCACAAUGUCUGCCGGGAACCAUCUCAGUGGAUGGGCUGGAAAGGUGCAGAACCUGUCAAAUCGGUGAAUAUCAGAGCGAGUACGCGCAGGUCACAUGUUCAGCCUGUCCGGGCGGGAAGAGUACGAUUAGCAGAGGUGCCACUAGUUUAAGUCAAUGUAAAGAUGCGUGUCCUCCUGGUAAAUCUUCUGAGACCGGCCUCGAACCUUGUUUUCCUUGUCCUCAAGGAUAUUUUCAGCCUCAUCGAGGUCAAACCAACUGCCUCAGAUGUCCUCGAAAGGUGUUAACCCAAUUCAUCUCUUCAGCUUCUAUCAAUGAUUGCCAGGGAUUAACCAACCCUGAAGCAUAUGAUUUAAAAAGUUUGGAAUUAUUAGCAGUUAAUGAUUGCUUCUCUCUUCCUUGUCUUAACUCUGGAACCUGUAUCCCAUUAUCACAAGGUAUACAGUGUAUAUGUGAGCAAGGGUUUGGAGGAAGCUAUUGUGAAACUAGGUUGGAUCCUUGUCAAUCCUUCCCUUGUAUGAAUCUUGGUAUUUGUGAGAUCUCUGGGUCAUCUUAUACCUGUACCUGCCAACCCGGAUACGCUGGACCAGACUGCCAGAUUGAUAUAGAUGAAUGCUUAAAUGAUGAAUGCAUGAACAAUUCUACUUGUAUAGAAGAUAACUAUGAUGGUGGAAUGAAAAGAUACUCCUGUGAGUGCCAAGAUGGAUUUCAAGGAGAGUUUUGUGAGGAGAAUGUUGAUGAUUGUGGGAACCAUGGUUGUGAAAACGAAGGGGAGUGUAUCGAUGGAUUAGGAACAUUCUCAUGCUUGUGUAAACCAGGCUUCAGAGGACGAGUUUGUGAGGAGGAGCUGGACGAUUGUAUAUGUUCUCCAUGUGGACUAGGAGCUACAUGUAUAGAUAGAACAAACGGAUAUAACUGUAUCUGCCCUCCUGGUAAGACUGGAGAGAACUGUGAGUACCUGGAGAACCUAUGUUUAACCAGUCCUUGCUUCGGGUUCUCAACCUGCUUACCUACUCCAGGACACUUCCAGUGUAUCUGCCCACCUGGAUUCUCAGGAAACCUUUGUCAAACACAAAUCCUUCCAAAUUUUAUUUUAACAUUUGGAAACACUCCUUCCACUGAAACCCUUGAUUAUGUUCUCCUGGACCAGAUGUAUACACCCUUGGACCAGUUUACAAUGUGUUUUUGGAUGAAAUCUGAUGAUAAAGACAAUUAUGGAACAGCUUUCUCCUACGCUACAGUAGAUCAAGAUAAUGAGUUGACGGUAACUGAUUACAACGGUUUUGUGUUGAGUGUAAAGGGGGAGAAGGUUGUUACCGAUGUAACGGCUAACGACGGGAACUGGCAUUUUCUCUGUUUAUCCUGGGAUUCAUAUUCAGGCAUCUGGAUGGUGUACAAGGAUGGUGUACUGCAAGAUACAGGGGAAGGAUUGGCUAAAGGAACGUUUAUAGAAGAUGGCGGCUUGGUUGUUAUUGGUCAGGAGCAGGAUGAACGUGGGGAUGAUUUCAGUGCUGCGGAAUCCUUCAGGGGUUCAAUUACACGGCUGGAUCUUUGGUCUAGGGCUCUCUCUCAAGAUGAAAUACAAAAUCUCAGAGUUGCAUGUGAACCAUAUUAUGGAGAUGUAAUAUCCUGGUCAGAUAUGUACAGAGGACUAAGGGGAGAGAUUAGAAUUUCUGAUUCUGAGCUCUGUCAGAGUUGUCCAAACCUGGAGAAUAUAGAACACGGAACUCUCAGGGUACAAGGAAGUGGUCCUCUGUCUACUGGAGUACUAGGAUGUGAGAACGGGUACUAUCUUGAGGGUUCAGAGGAGAUAUCCUGUAAUAUAUUCGGAGAAUGGGACACUGAUCUACCAAAUUGCAGAUUGAUAAACUGUGGAUUUCCUGGUUAUCUGCACAAUGGAGCUGUUACAGGGAACUCUUAUCUUUUCAGAGAUGUCGUUUCAUUCUCAUGCGAUACAGGAUACAGAUUAUCUGGACCCUUGUAUCAGACCUGUUUAGGAAAUGGUUCCUGGUCAUCUAAUAAACCAAAAUGUCAAGAAAUCCGAUGUUCAUUUCCCGAAAUAUUUCCGCACGGUCAGUUCAAUAUCAGAACUCAGGAUAAACUCAACUCCACAGCAAGGAUCGGCGACAAGAUCGUGUUCUCCUGCGAUCCUGGAUUUUACCUGGAUGGGUUGGAUCGACUGGACUGUAUGGAGGAUGGGACCUGGAGUGAUCUGCCUCCGAUUUGUCAACCUGUUCCUUGCACACAGCCUCCAAUUGUUCCAAAUGGUUAUAUAGCUGGUGGAACACCGGAUACUAUAAAGCAAGGAACAGUUCUGACAUUCAACUGCGAUCCAGGGUAUGAGAUAUCAGAUACUGAUAGUGUGCUGUGUGGAUCCAGGGGGCAGUGGAUUAAACCAGUUCCUAAAUGUGAACCAGUGCUCUGCAGCACCCCGGAGAAUGUUCCCAACGGUAAAACCUGGUUCGACGGAACCAGGUUCGGAGAAAUGGUGAUCUACAAGUGUAAGAAGGGACACUACCUGCUGGGAUCCCUGAACUCUACUUGUACCAGGAUAGGGGUGUGGGAACCACCUCCUCCAACCUGUGUUCCAGUGGAUUGUGGGGACCUGGAGCCGGUUCAAGAAGGUUCGGUCCAGUAUGUUUCCACCACCUAUAAGAACACGGCUAAGUACUCCUGCAAGGAUGGAUACUCUCUCCGAGGUUCAGAGGAACGACAGUGUACGUCUAGUGGACUCUGGAGCAGGAGAGAACCAGAGUGUGUUCCUAUCCAAUGUGAUCCCCCUGUCCCUAUCCCCCUGGGAUACCUGGAGAAGAAUGAAACCUAUAGUUCCGGAGAAACUGCUAUGUUCUCCUGCCUGCCCGGGCACAACCUUAUCCAGGAUACUCCUCUAGUCUGUGAUCAGAACGGAUCAUGGUCCGGAUCUACUCCGCGAUGUGUCCCGGCAUUGUGCCCCGGCCCUGCAGCUCUCCCCAAUGGAACCUUGAUCAUUGGAACCUGGAGUAAAGAACCUUUACCUGAAGCAUCAGUUUCAUAUCUCAGGGAUAGCAUAGAGAAGCGGAAGGGGGAAAGUGAUCCCAUCCUUAUCCCUUGUUCAGGUUCUAAACCUCUUAGACUUGAGCCUAAUGAUAAGAACACUGUAUUCUAUCCUGUCGGUUCUGAACUCUGGUUCGAUUGCUCUGCUGGAUACCAGAUUAUAGGUUCUUCAACCAACCUUUGUCAGAACGAAAAUGAAUGGGAGAGUAAGUUUCCAAUCUGCCAGGAGGUUAUCUGCUCAAAUGUACAAUCUUUAUCCAACGGUCGGAUAACUGUGGACGGGUUCAAGUUUAGACAAUAUCUCAAAUAUGAUUGCGAUGAUGGAUAUUACCUAGUCGGAGAUGCAACCAGAACCUGUCUUGAGACCGGAGAAUGGUCUGGAACGGAACCAAGCUGUGUUCCCCGGAUGUGUCCGGAACCAAAGGAUAUUCCUAAUGGUUGGAUUGAGGAUUGGUUUUCUCUUGAGUACGGAUCCGUGAUCAUAUACAGGUGUGAACCUGGGUUUAAACUCCUAGGCGGAGGAGAACGGGUUUGCGGUCAUCUCGGAGAAUGGUCUGGACAGUUACCAGCUUGUGUUAAUACCUCACAAACCUGUUUAGUUCCUCAGUUACUCAACUCAGGAUAUAUUGCAUUCGACGGGAAUCUGGAGGUUGGUUCCCUAGUUUGGUAUGAUUGCAAUGAUGAUCAUGAGCUGGUUGGAGAAUCGGAGAGAAUGUGUAUAGAGAAUGGUACCUGGAGUGGGAACCAACCCGUCUGUAAUCCCAGGUACUGUUCACCAGUACAGAGUAUACAGCAUGGAAGUGUGGUGGGUCGGAUAUAUGAACAUGGAUCUGUUCUUCAGUUCUCCUGCAACAGUGGAUAUAUAUUACAUGGAGCGGAUUCUAUUUACUGUUUAGAAACUGGAACCUGGAGUAAACCCAUCCCGGUUUGUGUUCCAAUAAUCUGCUCCGAACCUGAUCAAGUAUUGAAUGGAUUGAUGAAGGGCUCCGCCAGAAGAUUUGAUGAUUCUAUUGUAUAUGAAUGCAACCCUGGAUAUACUCUCCUAGGCCCUAGGGUGAGAAAAUGCGAUUUGAGCGGGGAUUGGAGUGGAAGUAACCCUUACUGUGCUUCCAUUACUUGUUCGGAGCUGACACCAAUUCCCAACGGAGUUUAUACUAUAGAGCUGAGAGUACCUGGAGAAAAAGCAAGGUUUAAAUGUGAUAUUGGAUAUAUUCUCCAGGGUGCAAAUAAUAUUACAUGCAACAGUUUUGGAGAAUGGGAGGGAGAUAUUCCUAGAUGUAUCCCUGCAACCUGUACUCUUGAUCUAUCCAGUACUCAGGCUAGUUUACUAGACCUGGAGCAGGAGGAAUAUGAGGUUGGGACCAAACUACGUUGGAACUGUAGACCAGGAUAUAAGAUGGUUGGAUCCAACCUGACCACAUGUUUACCCAAUGGAGAGUGGAACCUAGAUCCCCCAACCUGUAGGAUACAUCAGUGCAAGGACGUAUUUAAGCUUGAGAACGGAGUUAUCUUUGGAACCAAGAACAUCAGUCAGUCCUUAGAGGUCCGGUUCUCCUGUGAUAACGGAUACACUAAGAUCAUAGAUUCAUUCCUGGAUUGUGAUCUAGAUGGAAGAUGGAAGGGUACCGUUCCAAUCUGCUCCCGGAGAGCUUGUCCAACCCUUCUAGAACUUGACCAUGGAGAGGUUACUCUGGCUCCUUCACGAGGAUCCUACAUUGCAGAAUUCAAGUGCAGAGAUAUUUUUGAACUAAAAGGUCACUCCAGGUUGGAUUGUAGAAGUGAUGGUACCUGGAGUCAUGAUAAACCCAAGUGUGUUCUAUCCUACUGUCCGGAUAUUGAAAAUAUCUCAAAAAUGAUCUAUCCAAGACGAAAAACUAGGGUUGGAGAAAGUGUAAGGUUUCAAUGUGAACCAGGAUAUGUAUUGAAAGGUUCCGGGUUUGUUAAAUGUGAUUCCCAAGGAAGGUGGGAAUCUGAGCUUCCAAUCUGCAUCCCGGCCACAUGUACGUUCCAGGCUAGAAUUAGACACGGAGAGUGGAGAAUCCAACCCAGCAGGUUCAGAAAGUCUCUCUGGGCCCAGGGAACCAGAGUGGUUGGUCUUGAAAAGCUUGGAGAGGAGGAAGGAGAACUUGCUGUUGGAGAUAUUCUUCAGGUUGAGUGUGAUCCAGGAUACAAUGUUUACGGGGAGUCGGAGAUACUCUGCCAGGUUGAUCUUGUUCUCUCAGCUCCGAUCCCUAAAUGUAAACCUGUGUAUUGCCCGAAAUUGAGUUCAAUAGAAAACGGAAACAUAAUCCACAACGGAACAUAUCGCGGAGCUGCGCUAACCUUUACAUGCAACCAGGGAUUCGAACUGAUAGGACCUUCAGUUAGAAAAUGUCGCCGGAACAAAACCUGGUCCAAGACAACUCCGGAGUGCCAACCCAUCAAGUGUAAGAGACCGCACAAUAUUGCUCACGGGAAGGUUGACUACAACCCUAAUGAUCUUCACUUCCGGAGUAAGGUUCGGUUCUACUGUAACCUAGGCUAUGAGCUGACCGGAGGGAAUGAACGUGAGUGUGGAGAUGAUGGAUCCUGGGUCGGAGAGGAACCAGAGUGUAUCCUGAUACAGUGUCCUCCUCCUAGAAUACCACUACACGGAGAACAGGAUAUCCAUGAGCUAACGGUUGGUGGAACUGUAUCCUACAGCUGUAAUCAAGGUUUUAAACUACAAGGAUCCAGAAUAAUAACUUGUCUCAACAAUAAAACUUGGUCCGGCCAGGUUCCAAUUUGUAGCAAAAUUACUUGUAAACUUCCAAGAAAUAUUCCUCAUGGGUUCGUGGCAUUCUCAGACCAGGAAUACCAGGCUAAUAUAGAAUACAGAUGUGAGGACGGAUACACUUUAUCAGGACUCAGAACUAGAUCCUGCCUGUACUCCGGGGAGUGGGGUGGAGAGGAACCAACCUGUAUUCACAAUAUCUGUCCUCAGCUAGUACUGAAGAAUGGUUGGGUUCGGACAGAUGGUUCCGAGCCAGGAGAUGAGGCCAGACUAGGUUGUAAUCCAGGGUUUCAGAUCUCAGGAGUAUCCGUCCUAGUUUGUCAGAUGAACCUGAGUUGGACUCCCAGCUUACCAACCUGUAUACCUCUAACCUGCCCUCAACCUGCUCAAGUGGCUCAUGGAGUAGCAGAGGUUCAAGGAUAUUCAUACCUGGAUACAGUCUCGUACACUUGCAAUCCAGGAUACGAGAUCAGGGGGAAUACUGAACUGAUUUGCUCCGAAGAUUCAAGAUGGAGAGGAGAUAUUCCAUCCUGCCUUCCUAAACCUUGUGGUCUUCCUAGGUCCUAUCAGAAUAUGGAGGUUUCCUUUGAGAGUGAGGGUGGAUACGAUCUCGGGUUCGGGAGUAGAGCAGUUUACUCCUGUAUCUCAGGGUUCCUCUCAGAGCAGAGGAAUAUUCUCACCUGCACUCAGGAUGGUACCUGGAGAGGAACUAUUGAUCCCUGUAUAGAGGUCCCCUGUGGGAUUGCUCCACUGCCCGGGAAUGGUUCGGUUGAGCUCCGUGUCUCCGGGUCUACCUAUACAGCUGAGAUGAGAUGUAACCCUGGGUUCAGGCUCCUGGGCAGAUCUAGAAUCAUCUGUCAAGAGGAUUCAACCUGGCAGUUUUCCAUGGUUGAAUGUAUUCCUGUGGAUUGUGGAGAACCUGGAUUGGUUAAGGACGGAUCUCUAGUAGCAGUAGAAGUAGGAGAAGGAACUGAGCUUGGUUCAAGAAGAACUCUAGUCUGUAGAGAAGGUUUUCUACCCGGAGAGUUGAAUGAGAUUGUGUGUACUGAGAAUGGAACCUGGAACAGGACGGAUCUGUCCUGCAACCUGGCUCUCUGUCCUAGUCUUCAAUCGAUUCAACAUGGUUCAGUUAGAUAUAUUAACAACAAGAAUUCACAGGAUCUGUAUCCGUCCGGGACAAUUGCUGAGUUCUCGUGUGGACCUGGAUAUGUUCUGUAUGGAUCUCCGAACCUAACCUGUCUCCAGGAUCAAACAUGGGCUGGGACGAUACCACACUGCCAGAGAGUUUGGUGUGGAGGGGUGGAGCCCCCUCAGCAUGGAUUUCUGAUGGGAGUUGGUAAACAGUUCGGAGAUAUUAUUAGGAAAAUAAAUAUAAAAUCCUCAAUCGUAUUCUGUUAGAAAUAUUGAUCUUGU